GGUCCUCAGCUCAGUUCCAACGGGUCAGACGAGGAGCCCCCCCCACCCCCCAAGCCUGCACGUCCACAGUUCUCACCCACGGGUUCGACACCCAACCUGUCCGCCGUGGGUGCAGGAGGGAACGUGAGCCUGAACGCUAGCGUGGCGUCUCUCCCUCACCAGUGGGCCAGCAGUUCCAACCUCCCCGUGGGUCACAGCACACCGGCCGCCGGACCCUCACCGAACACAGACCAGCUCAAGGCGCAUGCCUCACAGCACGCCCACAUGCACCAUCAACACCACCAGCAGCUGCUUCUUCAGCAACAGCAGCAACAACAGCAGCAGCAUGCCCAGGAACAGCAGCAGGGACAUCUUCCAGCCGCCCCAGGGGCUCACGUAGAGUACCAGCUACAGAAUUACUUCCCUGCCUCCGGCUACAUGCAGCUGUGUGCUCAGAGGUCAGAGGUCAGGUGGAGAAAUGGAACAACUCCCGCCCCCAUCUGA